AUGCCUCGUAAGGCUGCGUGCCAAUUGCCAAUGUAGCACCUCGCCAACCUUGCCAUGAAACCCAGCCAGUGACGCAGUGUCAUCAGCCGACACCAAUCUUUCUCAGACAGCAGCCCCAGCCAGGAAAUCCAGCACCACCAGCAGCAGCACCGAUGGCCGGCGACGACGGACGUGCUCCCACUCCCACCGGCCGCCGCGUUGUGAUGUUCCCGUUCCCGUUCGGGAGCCACAUCACCCAGAUGCUCCAGCUCGGGGAGCUCCUCCGCGCGCGGGGGCUGGGCGUCACCGUGCUCCACACCGACUUCAACGCGCCGGACCCGGCGUGCCACCGGGACCUCACCUUCGUGUCCAUCCGCGAGACCCUCCCCGCCGACGUCGUCGCCAGCCCCGACAUGGUGGAGCAGAUGAUCCGGCUCAACGCCGCCUGCGAGGCGCCGUUCCAGGCGGCGCUCGCCGAGGAGCUUCUGGCGGCGCGCGGCGGUACUACUACCGUCGUCGCCUGCGUGGUGGUCGACCGGCAGUGGUACAGGAUGCUGGGCGCCGCCACGCGUGUCGCCGUCCCCGCCCUCGCCCUCUGCGCCGACGGCGCCGCCACCUUCCUCAGCAUGCUCGCCACGCCAAGGCUCGUCGCCGACGGCUACCUCCCCAUCAAAGAAGAGCGGCUGGACGAGGCGGUGCCGGGCCUGGAGCCGCUCCGCGUGCGCGACCUGAUCCGCGUGGACGGCAGCGACGACGAGACGGUGCUCCGUUUCAUCACCCUCGACGCCGAGGCCGUGCGGGCGUCGUCGUCGGGCGUGGUGCUCAACACGUUCGAGGGCAUCGAGGGCGCCGAGCUGGCCAAGGUCCGGCGAGAGCUGUCGGGCCGCCCGGCCUUCGCGGUGGGCCCGCUGCACCUGCAGGCGCCGCCGGCGCCGGCGGCCGGGCGAGGGCAGUUCCAGCACGCGCCGGACCGGAGCUGCCUGGCGUGGCUGGACGCGCGGCCGCCGCGGUCCGUGCUGUACGUCAGCAUGGGCAGCGUGGCGCGCGUGGACCGCGCCGUGUUCGAGGAGACGGCGUGGGCGCUGGCGGCCAGUGGCGUGCCGUUCCUGUGGGUGCUCCGCCGCGGCUCCGUCGUCCGUGGCGGCGGUGGCGCCGCCGGCGUGGACGCGGAGGAGGAGGAGGUGCCGCCGCCGGUGCCGGAGGAGCUCCGCGAGACGGUGAGGCACAGGGGCAAGAUCGUGGCGUGGGCGCCGCAGAGGGAGGUCCUGGCGCACCCGGCGGUGGGUGGGUUCUGGACGCACUGCGGCUGGAACUCCAUGGUGGAGGCCAUAGCCGAAGGGGUGCCCAUGCUCGUGCAGCCGUUCUUCGCCGAGCAGAUAGUGAACGCGAGGUACGUGACGCACCAGUGGGGCGUCGGGUUCGAGGUCGGGAAGCCGCUGGAGAGGACGGCCAUGGCGAGGAUGAUCAGAAGGCUGGUGGUCGGGGAACUGGGGCCGCAGGGGCCGAGGGAGAGAGCUCGGUUACUGAUGGGGCAGGCGAAGGAGUGUGUUGCUGAAGGAGGAGCAGCUAGUUUGGCUCUUGAUGGCCUGGUGGAGUACAUUUCGUCGCUUUGAUCGAUCAGCUUUCAGGUUUGAGUUGAGCAUGAUCAGCAGGAUGCUCUGAAUAAUGAACUGCAUGUCAUGUUCUGAUUUAUCUAUGUGUAAUAAGGAUCUUCCUUUGAGUGAUA